AUGAGUAGCAACAAAGAUAGCACCGUCAAGGACAAUUCUUCCAAUACUAAUAACAAUAACCCCGGGACUGUCAUUCAAACACCAUCUAAUCUAAGAUCUAACCAAAGGACAUCUAAUCCUAAUCGUCAACGAAAUACUAGGAGAAACAGACGUGACGAUCCAGACUAUGACCCUGAAGAUGAUGACAAUUUUCAUGAAAGAAAUCCUCUUUAUUAUGUUUCGACGGAAUAUGCACAAUAUUGUUUAGAUAAUGGUGAUUAUUCUCGUUUAAGUCGUAAGGAGGCACUAGAUAUUUUAGAUCAACAAUAA